AUGAAUAACACAGAUAACAAUUCUAUCUCUUUGCUACACGCCAUGUACAAUGAGAUACUAUCUUUGAAGGCAGGCCAAGAAAAGGCUAAACUUGAAAUGAAGGCACAGAUCAAAGAGUUGAAGCUCGAAAUGAAGAUGAGCAUCAAAGAUUUGAAUUUGAAGAUUACUGCUCUCCAGAGCCAACUGGAGAAUAGAAACAUUUCCAACCAACAUACUUCGCUUUCUGUCUCUACCAUUUCUAGUACUAAUAUCAUCUGCAAGCCAGUGAGCACAUUCCACGAAAUAGCUUUAAAGCAUAUCUUCAAGAUGAUAAGUGAAGACCUUGGCAUUGAAGUAACAAGUAACGAAAAGGUCAUGCUCAAUAUGUGUACAAAGCUUGUAUGUGAUGAUAUGGCUGCCCAUUCUUCGGUGAUUGCUCUUGGUCCUAAUCCUAGCUGGGGGUCUAUACCAACUUCACUAGGUGUCUUGGAAACUGAGCAUCAACUGCAAGAGUUGCACAUCUCUGGAGGGACUGCCAUAAAAGAUUACAGUCUUAAUGAAACGCUGUCCAAUAGAAGAGCCAACAAAGGAGAAUCAGAAAGCGGGGAUCUUUAA